GAGCGCCCACCUGAAAGAGACCAAAUAUUUCGCGCUCGGCGGCCUAUCCAGCUCUCUCCCGCACGCCACACACGCGCGCGCCGAGACAUGCAAACGAGCACCGCGAGGAUGGCAUCCGUUGUUCUCGCGUUCUCGCGGUGGUCGCUUCUGCUUCUCUUCCUGCUGGCGACGGCGUCACCGUCUCGGGCGCUGAAGAUCGGCGACCUGCUCGGGACACCACCGGCGGGGAGCCAGGGUUGUAGCCGGAAAUGCGAGUCCUCGUUCUGCGCAGUCCCGCCGCUGCUGAGGUACGGGAAGUACUGCGGGAUCCUGUACAGCGGCUGCCCCGGCGAGAAGCCCUGCGACGCCCUCGACGCCUGCUGCAUGGUGCACGACCACUGCGUCGACACCCACAACAAUGACUACCUGAACACGCGGUGCAACGAGAACCUGCUGAGCUGCCUGGACAGUGUGAGCCCGGCGGGGCCGACGUUCCCGGGGAACGAGUGCGACGUCGGCCAGACGACGUCCGUCAUCCGUGGGGUCAUCGAGACGGCCGUGCUCGCCGGGAAGAUCCUGCACAAGCGCGACGACGGCCAGUAGCCGGCGCGCCCCGGCCCGGCGGGCUCGCUCGCGCGGUUGGUACUAGGAGCAGGCCAUAGUUGCAAGCAGAGCAAUAAAGCCGCAUGGGCGCGCGUGGGCGCGGCGGCGCCCGUCCGUGGCGGUGCGGCAAAGCAGCAUGUGCUGGAUUUUAAGGUCAUGGACGCUGGACCACCGCGGUUGCGUGAAGCAUGUGUAGAUUUAUGUGUGGAUGUACAAGAAUGUAGACUGUAUACAGAUUGGUAGGAUUGAUUUGGCGGGACUCCGAGCAAAGUGGCAAUGGUUGUAAGCUGUAAUAAUAUUGUUUUUUGAAGGUUAAAAUAUUAGCUCGUGCGGGAGCACAAGUUGAUGGACUUGUUUGGUCAA